AUGCUACUAGACCAGCGAAGCCGGCAGGGCUUCCCUAUCAAGCUGCUCGUCGCCUGUGCGAUUUUCAUCUCUGGACUGGAGGUCCUGAGCCAUCAUGAUUACCUGCCCAUCAUUCCCUGGGCGAGCCUGGUCAGCUCGGGCGCGUCGCUCCGGCCCGCCCGAGACCCACCUUUCACCGCCACCGGGCCGGGCGUGGAAGAUCACGCGGGCUGCGACGCAUGGCACAGAUCCAUCCUGGGACCGCUGGGAGCCUGUGACAGCAGCGUAGGACCCAAGGAGGCAGCAGAGCUGGAUCCAGAAGACAUCAUCGGCGCCCAACACCUCUUCUCUGUCUACCUCCAUGUGCCCCUUGAUCGAGACGUCCUUCAAGUGCAUCCUCUCUUCCGGAAGCACCUCAUCUCUAGGCGCACGACCACCACAUGGGGCUCCCCCACGCUGUCCAUCGCCAUGCGCUACCUGCUGUGGGAGGCGUACCGCGAUCCUCUGAACGAGAGAUUUGCCCUCGUCAGCGAGAGCGGUCUUCCCAUCUACAGCCCCGUCGUGUUCUAUCAGCAGUUAAUGGCCGAGCAGGACUCACGCGUGGAUGGAUGCAAAUCCGAGUCCAUACCAUUUGAGAGGUUUGUGCCAGCCAUGGAGUCGGCUGCCCUCAAGAGAUUCGAACGGUACUGCUUCCACGACGCCGUGGAUGACAAAGGGAAUCGUCAUUUCUGCCUGAUGGAUGAGCACUAUCUUGCGGUUCUCUUUGCCGUGCAUGGCAUUCAAGCCGCGACGAAUUGCGGAGCGCGCAGCCUGACCAAGGACGAUUGGACCAUGGGGGGGAGCCAUCCCAAGACCUUCAGGUCCCAUGACGUCAACCCAGAGCUCAUCAAGUGGGCGAGGUCGGAGGAGGGCAUAUACAUACCCAAGUACGGCGCCCUCACGCCACCCCCCUUCCACUGCAACCACACGGCUGCAAUCCUCAGUGCCAAUGCUGCGAUGGGCACCCUGGCGGGCGCCAGCGUGCGUCAGGUGUGCGACAGAAGUGGCUCUGGAGGCAUGCUGGACCCUCUGUCUUCCCGCUGCCGCCUGACGGUCAGGAAGGUGGCUGGUGAUGCUGCAUCAAAGGCCGUCGAACUCUUCAAAAGCUGCGCACCCGGCUUGGAGCUGGUGCAUCCCGACCUCUGCCAGGUCUGA